UAGUAGAAGGGAGUGUUAGAAACGGUAGUGGGAGUGGGUUUGUUUUGUAAGAUACCAAAGAGGAAAGAGGAAAUCGGCAAAACUUAUAGCGCACACCGAUACAAAAUUAAGAAAGAAACACAGUCCCACCCACAGCCACACCCACAUCAUUAGUGAUUAGUGAUUAGAGUUAUUCAUUACCCAUACUCUCAACUCUCAACUAACUAAUCUAAUCAUAUCAUAUCAUAUCAGUUACUAAAACUGGAUAUGCUAGAUGCAGUGCUUCUGGCGCUCUUCUUGCCAUGUCUCGGCAUGAGCGCCAUCUUCAUAAUCUACAUGUGUCUACUCUGGUACGCCACCACCCACCGUCCACGCAACAACAUCAACGCUAUACAACCUGUCAAGCCCGUCACCGAUAACGGCCUUUCUCCUUCUGACCUCCAAAAGUUACCCACUAUCACCGGUAAAGAUCUCCUCGCUGCUCCCGAAUGUGCCGUUUGUCUUGAUGAAAUUGGUCUUGACCAAUCCGUACGUGUCAUUCCGGGUUGCAAUCAUUCAUUCCAUUUGGAAUGCGCUGACACGUGGCUUUCCAGAAACCCUCUCUGCCCUGUUUGUAGAGCCAAACUUGAUGCUAAUUUUUUCAUCGCUUCCUCCUCUCUAAAUUCUUGUUAAUUUUCCCUACUCUACACUUAUCUCUCUAUUAUUCCUAUUUCAAUUAUAUGUUAAUCUUUUAAUACUACUCAGUAUCUCGUUAACUUUCUCGCGU